GUAGAACACUUCCAUUGCCCUUUAAAAGGGUUCUUUAUUAGGACCUUUCUGCUCAGACCCAUCUCACACCAAUGGAAUCCUUCUCUCUGAUCAUUAUCUUUCUAGCUUUUUUCUGCAUUACAAAUUCAUGGGCAGCGAGAUUUGAACCCCACCUAUUGGAGUCGAACGAUGAUUUUAUUAAAACUUCAUGUGAAGUUACAAGGUAUCCAGACUUAUGUUAUCAAGUUCUGUCACCUUAUGCAAGCACCAUCCAGGAUGACCAUACACAACUGGCCAAUGCAGCUCUCAAUGUCACCCUACAAACUGCUGAAUCCACUUCCAACAUGGUACUGAACUUGUUGAAAGCCCACAACCAAAUGCCUAAAGAAGCUGGGGCCAUUAGGGACUGCGUAGAGAACAUGAAAGAUUCAGUUGAUGAGCUCCAGCAAUCUCUGGUAGCGAUGAAGGAUCUUGAAGGCCCUGACUUUGAGAUGAAGAUGAGUAAUAUACAAACAUGGGUGAGUGCUGCCUUGACAGAUGAGGAUACUUGUAUGGAUGGAUUUGAAGGGAAUGCCAUGAAUGGGAAAGUUAAGGAAACCAUAAGGAGCUAUAUUGAAAGAGUUUCUCAGCUAACCAGCAAUGCAUUGGCUCUCAUUAAUAAGCUAGUUAAUUAGUUCUACGUACUAUUUGUCAUAUUGUUAAAGAUGUGUGUGUAUAUAACUUGUUAUAAAGUAUAUGUAACAACUAAUUCAUCUUUUUGGCUAUGAACGAAUAAAGUACUUUUGUCGCCA